CUACUUCUUGCCCCCAAAUCCAAUGACGAAACUGUCUCCCGCUCCCGCUCCCGCUCCCGCUCCUUCCCCUCUCUCUCCGCGCCAAUCCCCACCAACCCACCGGCGGCCAUGGACAUGUCAGCGAUCGCCGCCCGCCUCGGCCUCUCCGGGUCCCGCCCCGUCGUCCGCAAGGCGGCCGAGCUCCGCCGCCUCUGCGACAUCACCUUCGACUCCUCCGUCCUCGGCAUCGGCGAGGUGUGCAAGGCCAUCAUCUGCCUCGAAAUCGCCGCGACCAAGUUUCAGGUGGUAUUUGAUCGGGCUGAGGCGGUGCGGAUGAGUGGGAUGUCGGACAAGGCGUACAUCAGAUCGUUCAACUCGCUGCAGAAUGGCCUUGGCGUCAAGACAACACUUGAUGUGCGUGAAUUGGGCAUCCAGUUCGGCUGUGUCAGGCUGAUACCUUUUGUGCAGAAGGGAUUGGCACUCUACAAGGAGCGUUUUUUGGCUGCACUGCCUCCUUCUCGCAGAUCAAGCACCGACUUUGGCCGGCCAGUGUUUACGGCAGCAGCAUUCUAUUUAUGUGCAAGGAGGCAUAAGCUCAAAGUUGACAAGCUGAAGCUAAUUGAUCUUUGUGGUACAUCUAGCUCUGAAUUUACAACGGUUUCAACAUCCAUGGGAGACCUUUGUUUUGAUGUUUUUGGGAUAGCCAAGGAGAAGAAGGAUCCAACGUCCAUCAAAGGGAAUAGAGAACUGCUGGAUGUUUUGCCAAGUAAAAGGAGACACGAGGACGAUAGUGAUCAUUCCUCUGAUGAAUCAUCGGGGGAUGACCAAGAUGAGCUAGAUUUACCAACUCACAAAAGGCACAAGAAGAUGGAAAAAGAAGUAUACAAUCAGUGGAAGUCUUCAGUUCUCUCCACCAACAAGCAAACAAAACCAGACCCUACGAAGCCCAGGAAGCAAGCUCGGCUUAACUUCCAGAAGAAGCCGUCAGAUGCCCCCUUGGAAGUAUCAUCAGCAGCAGUCAACUAAAUUAAUCUGAGAACCCGAGUCGCUGGAAACGAGACUGAAAUUGCUCUAAAUCUAGUUCCGGAUGCCGAAAGGGCACUUCUGGGGCUCUUCCCCUCUUCAUUUUUGGUAUGUUCGUUCGUAUGGCGCUGACAGUGAUACGUUGGCUGUUCAUGGCAAAAUGACCUAUCAGCGAACAUUCUUUUGUAAAUGAUGAUUGCGUGCGUGUCUGUUCAUGCACACGUUGAAUAAUUAGAUAAUUUUGAUGAA